AUGAUAAAUAUAAAUGAAUUUAAUUUUAAUUGUUAUAAUUCAUUAAAUUAUUUAACAUUUACAUUUGAUAAUUGUGAAACAUCAAAAAAUUGUUUAGUAUCGUCAACAAAUAAAAAUGAAAUUGUUGUAUUUAAUUCAAAAAUAAAAUCAUUUAUUUUAUUAAAUUAUUCUUAUGAAAAAAAUAAUUGUAAUCAAAGUUAUUUAGAAUGGCCAAAUGUUUUAAGUACACUUAUAUCUGAUAUAACAUAUUCUCAUUAUUAUGAUCAAUAUUUAGUAUCAACAUAUGAUGAUAGUUGUUUAUAUACAUUUGAUAGUAAAAAAUUAAUUGUUAAUGAUUUAUAUAAUUUUACUAUAGAUAAUUAUACAUAUUUUCAUCGUAUUCAUUGUUAUUCAAAAACUGUCUAUUGUUUAUUUGGUGAAUUUUAUCAAUAUUUAAUUGAAUGUGAAUUAUAUAAAGAAAAUACAA